CUUCAGAUCUCACUCCAACCAACCGACAGAUCACUCAAGAAGUUGCCGCCUCCUCCACCUCUCAUUCCAUGCGGGUCGGGUUUGUGGAUCAUAUCUACGACCACCCAUCCAUUCCCAGUCCGGCUCACCACCGUUGCUUCCUUCUCUGCUUUCCUAGAUUGGGUCAGGUAUCACUGAUCCUCCACCGCGUCCUCUGGUUAUCCGGGUCUUUGGUUUUUGUUUUUUUUUUUUUUUUUUUUAAGAUGGAAGAUAGAGAAGCUGGAUUACAAGACAGAUUGAGCGAUCUACCAGACUACAUAAUUCACGAAAUCCUUUGUUUCCUCGAGAUUAAUCAAGCGAUCCAAACUUCUGUCUUGUCCAAAAGAUGGAAAAACUUGUGGGCUUCUGUUCCAGACCUGAAUUUCAGCAGCAAAAGUUUUACAGAACAAACGUUUGCUAAGUUUCUCCGAAGAGUUAUGUCCAAAAGGGAAGAUUGCAACGUUCGGAGACUUGACAUGUUUGCCCAUUUGCCUGUUCGUCUCUCAUCAAUGGAGGGUUUGAUAAAUUACGCAGUGGCUCAUCAGGUUGAGGAUUUUCGGUUUGCUUCCAAUGAUGUCCAACCUGUUUCCUUACCAGCAUGCGGUUCCUUGAAGACCCUUUUCUUGUCUCGAUGCAAGUUUGGUGAUUUGCUGACAUCUUUUGGUUUCGGUUUUGUUAAUCUGACCUCGUUGGACUUGUAUGUGUGUUGGUUUUGUUAUUCUGAGAAUGAUUGUGGUGACCCUUUUGCUAGUUGUCGGAAUUUGAGGAGGUUAUGUCUCCGUUAUUGUCGGUUUCCAUCUUUGAAAAGGUUGAAAAUUACUGGGUUUCAGCUGGCUAGCUUAGAAAUUCAAGGGUUCGGGUAUGGUGAUCGAGGGUUACAAGAAGGUUGUGAGGUUGAGAUUUUUGCGCCGAAUCUGUUGUCUUUUGUGUACAAAUUCUCCAAACCAGUGGAUUUCUGUGGGCUUCAUUUUCCAUCUCUUGAUUAUGUUGAGGUCCAUGUUUGGCAACAUGGUACUGAUGAGGCUACUGAUCAUGACAAAAGAAGGGUCAGUCUGUUCUUGAUGAGUAUGUUUGAAGGCUUUGGGAAUGCACAAUCUGUCAAGUUAUAUUGCGAAACCAUUCAGGUUCUUGAUUUGGUUGAUGGAUUGCUAGAACAACAACCUUCUCCCUUUAAAAGAUUGAAGAAAGUAGAUGUGCAAUGUAAUCGUGAAUCAUUCAAGGUACCUGCUCAUGUGACAAACUACUUGCUCGCUGGCACUAUUGGGCAGGAACUACAUCUAGAGGUUAUUGAGCUGAUCGGAACAUGCAAACUGUUGGUGGACCUUUCUUUUUCCUUUUUCCUUCUCUCCCUCCCUCCAAUGCUGACUCCCCUAUCCAUUUGGAGCAUAGAAAUCUAUCAUUUGCUUUUAUAUGUGCAUAUCUAUUUAGUCUUAAUUCCCUCUUUUGCUUUUCUGUUAUCCAGUUCAUAUUGUCUUGACAAUGUUGUGAGGCACUGGCUGAAGAUUUAGUCUAAUGCAUCACCUCUUCAUCUUC